AUGGGGGAAGAAGCAAGUAGAGAACAAAGGGCAUGGAACAGAGAAAUGACGGUGACGACAAAUCUUUCUCUGGACAUAGAUAAACACCCGAGAGAUCUGUUACGAGGUUUUAUCUCCGAAAACGGCGGUGGAAGAGUGUUUCACGGUGGAGAAACAGGCUGCGAAGAUGAGAGUGCGAUUGAGCUGAAUCUGGGUUUGUCUCUAGGAGGUCGAUUCGGAGUAGAUAAGACUCCAAGGAAGCUGAAACGAUCUUCUUCGGUUUUGGGCACUGUGGCCUUCGAAAGUUCGACGGUGGCGGCUGAAAACGAGGUUGAGCCGGAGAAUUACACGGUGGGUUUAGCUAGAACGACGUCGUUGCCUGCGGAGAUGGAAGAGGAAUGGAGGAAAAGGAAAGAGAUGCAGUCGCUCCGAAGAAUGGAAGCUAAAAGGAGGAGAUGCGAGAAACAGAGCUUCAGGGUUGGGAAUUCUGAUGACCAAACGGCGUCGUUUGAGACUGAGAGAUGGGUCACUGCGAGUAAGAGUGGGUUUUUGCAGAGACAUUUGGUUUCUUCUAAUAGUCAAGUGUGUGUUGAUUCCGACGGAGGAAGAGGAGGAGGAGGAGGAGGAGGAGGAGGCUCCUCUUCAAGCUUGUCGGAACUUGACAACAAAAAUCAACAAGCUUCAUCAAACAGUUUUGGGGACGAGAGAAGCCCGAAGAUAAUGACGAGAUGUUCAUCUAACAGCGGAAGCCAAGGAACAGAGAAACCGAGUGUGACGAGAGCUAAGAACUCGAACUCGAACGAGAGUGAGAAGGGAGUGAGAAGAGAGGAUGAGUCUGUGGAUAGGAAAGGCAAAGGGACGGCCACAGCUACUGGUUUGUUCGACAUGCCGUGUGUUUUCACAAAAGGAGACGGCCCAAACGGGAGGCGCGUCGACGGGAUUCUAUACAAGUACGGGAAAGGAGAGGAGGUUCGGAUCAUGUGCAUCUGCCACGGCAGUUUCUUGACCCCCGCCGAGUUUGUUAAACACGGCGGAGGAGGGGAUGUGGACCGUCCGCUUCGCCAUAUCGUUGUCAAUACUUCGUCUUCGACGUUUUGA